CAUCAUCCUUGCUUCGACCUGAUGCCAUGGCCAUCAUUCCGCUCCAACGCCAUCACACUCGCUUCCGAGGCCUCACCGCAGAUAGACGAGGACGACCUCUGCAUCGACAUGCUGAGUGGGGGCGUUCAAUGUUGGGGCUCCGCGAUGGGAUCCUUGCAUGGGCGUGGAAACGGUGUGCCGUGGGAUGGCCGCAGCUGGGAAGCGAUGCCAUGGUUCUUGGAGAAGUGGAAGUUGGUUAUAAGAGAUGAUAGAGACGGUAUGAUACAGACUAGUGCUUGGUGGAGGAGUUUACGG